AUGAGUUUCAUGGAUGAUAUAAUGGAAGUUGAAUAAAAUGAUGGAAAGCUUCAAGAAGUUCAUCAACAGAAUAGAUUCUUGCAUUCUAAGAGAAUGAUAAUAGUGGAUGAGAAAUGCUAAGCAAUUGUUCCUGAUAAACCAGAAAAGACUUUGGAUAAAUUUAUUAAGCAUGUAAAUAUGAAUUAUUAUGAUAAGAGGCAAAGUUUGACAUUUCAAACAGAAAAAAUUGAAAAGCUUGAGAACAUAGAUGAUUAUCUACUUUUUGCAUAAUCCUUAAUUUUGAACUAAGUAGAUGAAUCGACAAUAGAGGAUCCAAAAAAGAAAAGUAAGGGAUUUAGUGGUGAUGGAUUGAUUUUAAGUGGUUUAUCUAUCACUUAAGAAUAAGUAAAUGAAAGAGCAUUAAUGUUUUUAAAGACAAUGGAUUAUAAUGUAAUAAAAGCAAAGUUUUAUUUAUUAUUUCCAAGUUUAUUAGUUUAUAAUCAAUAUAAACAUAGACAUGCAUUAUAAUUCACAGAUGAAUAUAUGAAUGAAAAAAUUGAAUUGUAUAUUAGCAAAUUGAAUGAAGAUAAAAUGAUGUAACAAAAUAAAUGGAAAUAGGAUCUUAUGGAUAUGAUAAAUAGCAAAUAAAAAGUUCAUUUGGCUUAAUUGUAAAACUUAUUAGAAUAAGGAUAAUAAUUUAAAUAUGAAGUUCCUGAAUCAAUAAAAACAAUUCAUGCAACAUCGAUAUAAAUAUAAAGAUAAAUAUAUAAAUUAUUAAAAGAAAAAUAAACUUUAGAAAAAUUAAGGUAAAGCUUAGAAAAAUUUGAAGAAUAAAUACCUAUUAUUACACCUGAAAUAUAAUAUUUAAAAGAUUAAGUUUAAAAAUCAGAAAUUUUUUAUUAAAAAUUAUUGAAACUUCCUAUUUCACUUGAGGAUAAUGAUAAUUAUGAUGAAAUUUUUGAAAGUCUUAUCUGUGAUUCUCAAUCUCACAAAAUUCAAUUAAAAAUUCUUGCAAAUUAUAAUCAAGAAUAUAAAUAACUUCCAAUUGAAAUAAAAGCAUUUGAAUCAUUACACAAAAGAUUAUAUGAAUUUGUUUUAGAUCUAGUUGAAAAGAUUAGUAAAUUUACAAAAAUUCAAUAUACUAAAACAAGGCUAGGAUAAUAUAUAUCAAAUUAAGGAGAAAAAACAGAAAAGAUGACAUUAUCCUAAGCAGGAAUUUUUAAUCAAUAGAUAUUAAAAUUAAUCGUGACUUGUGAUGAUUUUGAUUAUUUUAAUGAAUUAUAUUAAUAAGCCUUGGAAUUGAAUGAAAAAGCAAAAUAAUAAAUAGAUGACCCUGAAAUGUAAUAAAAAUUACUAGGUGAAGUGUUAGAUUGUCCUUUCUAUUUAGAUGUCCAAGAAAGGUUAUAAAGUAUGAUAGAUUACACAUAAAUAUUGGAUUCUAUUAAAUAAAAAAUGUCUGAAAGAUAACAUCAAAUUGCAAAUUAAUAAAUACUAAUGCUAUUAAGUAGAGGUAUUAUUAAUGAUGAAUUGAAAAUUCUUUAAACUUAAACAUUAAGAGUAUUAGAAUGGAACUAAUUAGCAGAAGAAAUAAUAAACUAUCAUUAAAAUAUAUCACUUAUUGAUGUAUAUGAUGAAAAUUUUGAAUUAUAAUAAUAUCCAAAUACUCUUUUUAAUCCUGAACAAGAUAUUAUUAAUUAGUUGGAUCAAGAAAAAGUUUAGGAAAUCAUAUAGAUAUCAGAAAGAAUGUAAAUUUGGAAAGAUUAAUUGAUUUCUUUAAUUGAUUGUAAAUAAGUCUAAUCAACAAGAAAAAAUAAUUAAAAUAAAACAUUUAAUAAAUUAUGGGAACUAUUUAAAGAAGGAUUAAGAUACAGAUAAGAAUUUACUCUAAUGACAAAAGUUAGAGAUAUAAUAAUUUAGAUUUUAGAUUGGCAUGCACAAGUUUAUAUGAUAAAAUAGACUUUAAGGGUAAAUGAUGAUUAAUGUUAGUAAAUUGAUGGAAUUGAAACUAUUUGUAAAUUAUAUAUAUAAAGAAAUGGAACAUAACAUACUUAAGAUUAAAUUGAAAAAUUGUAAAAGUUCCAAUCUCCCUUUUUAAGUGGAUCUAAAGAUUUAUAAAUAAUUUAAGCAUUAAUUUUACAUACAGAAAAAUGGAAUAAAGAUGCAAAAGAAGUUAUUUAAACACAAAAUUAAGAAUAAAUUAAAAGUCUACUGGAUGAAUCUUUGAAAUUACCAGUUGAUGAAUUAUUAGUUAAGGAAUUAUAGAGUUUACAUGCAUCAAAUUAAAAAGUAAAUUGGAUAUUAUCAACAAUUGCUACAUCAGAUCCACUAUUUGAUUAAAUCUUAUAAGCAUUAUAAAAUGAUGAAUCAAUAAAAUAAUUGAAAGAAGAAAUGAUGGCAAUUUAUGCUGAAAAUUCUUAGAAUAAAAAAAAGAAGGAAGGUAUGAAAGUAUCUAAAAUGGCUUAAAAUUUCUUUUUGAAUUUUCAAAAUACCAUUAAUAGUUAUUUAGGAUAGUUGUCUCAAUUAGAUGAAAACAAAUUAAAGAAAUUAUAGCCUAUAAGAAUUCAAAGAUUAAAAGAAUAUCAAAAAGAAGUUUAAAAUGAGGAUAUUAAUAAAUAGAUUGAAGAUUGGAUAUAAUAAUAUUAAUGUUGGUAGACUUAAAUAACCAAUUUAAAUGAUUAAUAAUAAUAAAAAAAAAAGAAAAAGGGAAAAGACUAAGAAUCUUAGCAGGAAUUUUAUUCUUUAACAGGAGAUUUGUUAUAUUAUUUUAAAGUUCCUGAAUUACUUUGUCUGGUACUUUAAGGAAUUGAAAAGAAUUAUAUUAGCCAAGAAUUAAUAUGUUCAAUUGAAAAAUUAGUUACAAUAAAUAAAUAAUCAUAAAUAGCUUUAUCUGUUUAAAGUGUAAAAGAAGUAUCUUAUUAUUCUGAGGUAUUUAUGCCAUAAUUUUAUGUGAUGGCAAAGAAAUUUAGAGUAAUAAAUAAUUGGAUGCAAAUGGCAUCUGAUAUGAUUAAUGAUAUUCCAAGACUAAAAAAUAUAAUCAUGAUAUAAAAAUUGAAGCCUUUCCUUGAAUAUCUUGAAUAAUUGCAACCUUAAGAAUUUAAGAUGUCAAAAUCUGCUUAAUAAUAAUAACAAUAAUAACAAUAAUAAUAACAAUAACAAUAAUAUUAAUAACAAUAAUAAUAAUAAUAAUAGUAAUAAUAGUAAUAACCUUCUUAAUUAUUUAAUUAGUCUUAAAAUUCAAUCAUAUAAACUUAAUCUAACAUUAAAAAGAAAAUAUAAAAACCUAUAAUUAAAUUAAAAAAUAAAUCUCAAGAAGAAUCAUAACCAAUCUAUGAUUAGGAAAGUUAAUCAAAGCAUUCUAAAAGAGUGAAAUAAAUUUCAAGAUUAAUGAGAGAUGAUAAUAUAGCAUUUUAUGAUGCGAAUGUUCCUUUAGGAAAAGCCUUUAGAUCAUCUCCUAAUGAUUGUAUUUCUUCUGACCCUGUUAUGCAAGCAUUAAAAAAACCUAUUACAUAAAAAAGAAGUUAUAAGAAAGGAUUUAAUAGAAAAGCAUCUCCCAAUUUAAUAGUGGAAUAUAAUAGUUCUAAUUUUUUGGAUUAAGUUAAAAAUUCAUCUUAAGAAUUAUUGAAUCUAUAUAGUUAAGAUGAAAUUUAUUGUACAUGUCGACAAGGAGGAGAAUCAGCCAUAACAGAAUUUUAGAUCUUAAAAAGUUUACAUGAAAAAAAUGUGGAAUAAUUCUACAAUUAUCAUACUAAAUUAUAGUAAUAAGUUAAAUUUAUGAUAUAUUGUGACAAUUGUGAAGAAUGGUAUCAUUAUGAAUGUAUGGGUAUUAAAAAAUAAAGAGAAUAACAAUAAGAUAAAUACAAUUGCAGAAGUAUAUAAAAUAUAUAAUAUUAGUUUGUCUGUAGAAAAAUAAUAUUCCAUUUUUAAUACUUAAUGAAAAUUUAUGGGAUCAAUAUAUUGAUUAAGAAAGUGAUUUAUAUGAAGAGUAUUAAAAACAUAAAAUGUAAUUUGAAAAAAAUAUUCUUCCAAAUUCAGGUGAUUAUAUUUAUAGUCAAUUUUUAUUGCCAACCAUUGAAGAAUUCAAAGAAUUUAUUAAAAUUGGUUAAAAAUUGCCUGUUUAAUUGGUUGAACUUGAAGUACUUGAACUAUUAGAAUAACGAGUUGAUGGAUGGAUAUUAAGAUAUGAAGACCAUAAAAAUCUUAAUCUUCCAUAAUUAAUUGCUCUUUAUUCAGAAAGCUAAUGGUUGCCAAUUUAAUUACCAUAAUCAAAACAUUUAUUAUCUCUCAUUAGUUAAAAAGAAUUUUUAAAUACUGCUAAUGAAUUAUUAUAAAGCAAAGCUACAUUUAAAACAAAAUAAUUAAAAAAAUUAUAAUAGGAAAAAACAGAAUAAUUAUAUUUCCUAAUCAAAGAAUAAUAUCCAGAAUAACUAUCAGAAAUAGAUCAUUAAACUGUAAAGACUAUCUAAAUGUUAAGAAUUUAAGCUGAACUCAAUAAUUAAUUAUAAUAACAAUUAAAAUAGUAACUAACUUUUGAAUAAUAUGAAUAGUUGGCAAAUUAGUUUGAAAAAGAACUUAAAAAUCAUAUACUUUCAAAUGAUAUUAAAUUUUCCCUUCCAAAAUUAACUGAAUUAAGGUAGCAAAUAACUAAACUUUAAUAAUGGAAUGCUGAAAUUUUGGCUAUUUUUAAAGAUAUAGAUGAUAUUUAUACUACAAAUGUAAAAUUUAUUAUAAAUUUUUAAGUUAAGUUAAUCGCAUUAUGAUAGCAAACCUAAUUUAUCAGAAAUUUAAGUCAAAUUAAAAGAGUAUGAAAUGAUUUCAAUUAAAGUUCCUAAUUAAUGUUAUGAAUUUGUCAAAGCACUUUAAUCUAAAGCAGAAGAAUUAAUUUAUAAUGUAGAUUAAAAUUUGUCUGAAUUAUCAUAAGAUGAAUAAUUUGAAUUAGUUAAAACUGUUUAUUUAUUGAAGUGUAAAAUUCCUUAAUUUAAAGAACUCCUCUUAAGCAAGUAAUUACUUUUUUUUAUUUUUGUAGGCUUCAUAAGGAUGUAUAAAUUAGAGUAGUUUAAUGGUUGCCUUAAUAAAAAUCUGGAUUUUAUUGA